UAAUAAACAUGACCGCUUCUUAAUCCGUGUUUCCACAUAAUCAUCUUCGUCAACGCGCAUACAACACGAGAGCUUCUCUGCUAUAAUUCUCGUACUCUACUUAUCACACACACAUAUAAAUACACUAACAAGCCGCCACUCUCACUAUAUUGUCAACUCCAAAAAGUACAUGAACCAAAACCCUAAUUAACUAAAACUGUAUUACACACAGUACACUUGUGCAUUUGGUAAGAUAUGGAAGCACCAUUGCCCAAGUACACAGGUGUAAGGAAGAGGAAGUGGGGCAAAUGGGUGGCCGAGAUUCGUCUCCCCAACAGCCGCGAGAGAAUCUGGCUCGGCUCCUUCGACUCCGCUGAGAAGGCGGCGCGUGCUUUCGACGCGGCUCUUUACUGCCUCCGCGGCCCCGGUGCACGUUUUAACUUCCCGGAUAAUCCUCCGGAGAUACCCGGCGGACGUUCUCUGACGCCGCAGCAGAUUCAGGUGGUAGCUAACCGCUUCGCCUGCGAGGAACCGUUACCACCACCUCAACAACAACAACAGCAAGAACAGCCACCCUCGCCACAUGGCGAUAGGACGGAGGAAGGAGUUGGAAAUUCGGCACGUGGGGAAAGUAGUGGUGGUAGUGGUGGGCCGACGUUAGGACAAGUUGGGGGAGAUAGUAACAACCACGUGGGUAAUUGCAAUAGCAAUAGCAAUACCAAUAGUAACGAUACGACACCGUAUUGGCCGUUUAUGUGGGAAGAGAAUCUUAUGGUUCCUACAACUUCGGAAGAGUUAGGUACUUAUUUCAUGGACGUUGAUUCGACCAACUUGUAUUUCCCGUCGACACAACAUGAGCUCUCAUCUGAUUUUUACUACGAUGGAGCAUCUGUUGUUGAAGAUGAUUACUCUCAUUACAACAUUAACCUUUGGAAUUUCUGAGAUCCUUCUUUUUAUCAGUGAUCUUGGACCAAAAUAUUCCAUCAUUACUCAAGGUGAAUCAUUAAGGUACUAGCCUCUUGUGGCUCAUCUUUUUAUUUUAUUUAUUAUUUUCGAAAUCCAUUUAUUUCACAUGUUUUUUGGUUUGUGUCUAUGUGCUCUGUAUUACAUUGCACAUUACUUCCACUUGAGUUUUCUUUCCAGGAUUGGUUUGAUUUAUUUGUAACAAGCCAAUCUUGACCCCUAUUGUUUGGUCAUGUAUGGUUUACAAAGUUUAUACAUACGAUUCCAUAUGUGUAUUUUUUCUAUAAGUGUUCAUGUUUUGUUGGGAACUAGUGUUUUAUAAUAUAUUUCGUUAUAAAUUUGUAUGUAAUAAUAAACUAAUAGCUGUCAACUAGUUUCAAAACUAAUAAAUAGAGUGCUAUUAGAAAACAUAUAACUUACACUUUGUCGAGCAUUCACAAAUAUGAUCGACUUCGGAUUUAAAGAGAUCAUAAACCUGAUAUCAAUACCCGUGCUAAGAUCGAAUGUUUCCAUGUCUUUGUUGUUCAUGUUAUUGUUAUUGUUUAUUAUUAUGACAAGUGACAUUGAAAGGACGAAAAUAGCAACCGUAGAGUUAUAUAAAUUUAAAACGUGAGUUUUACGUUUGUUUACCAACAAAAAUCCUUAGAUAGGAGACCGUGAGCCUCUAGUACACAGAGAUUGGCUACACUGCGUUGAGUUGGGAUCAAAACAUAUUUUAAUAAGUGGUGGGAACAAAUCGAAUACCCGAAUUGGAGAUAUUCGUGAUUCGUUUAUUUCGAAUAGUCAUUUAUCCCAUCGAUCUGAUCCAUAGCUUAUAAAAUAUUCGGUGUCCUGAUAUCUGAAUUUUUUUUUAUUUAAUAUUCGAUUCGAUCAGUAUAAUAUUAAAAAAAUUAAAAUAAAUAAUAAAAAUCCAAAGAUAAUAUGAAAUAUUAAUAUCUACAAAAAAAAUAAAAAGUUACUUACUUU